GUGUGUGUGUGGGGUGUGUGGUGUGUGUAAAUUAUGUAUGUCUAUGGUGUACUGUAUGUACUAUGUAGGCACCUGAGCUGAGCUAUAAGUGAGACUAGGUAUCUAUCAUCCUACUACCACUAUCAGAUUAGGGCGGCAAUGUAGCCUAGGUCUCCCCCCCCCCCCAGAUUAAGUGUUUGAGCUAGUAAUAUAUCAAUAUUUAUUGUUUACAAAUUAGCUAUGACAUAGCCAAUGAACAUAAAGCACAAUUUUGGAUUUCACCCCCAUCUCAAAAUUGAAUGAUUUUGACCAUUUGGAUGUUUUUAUGGAGGGAUCUUCUCUUUUCUUCUUGCUUCGGCCAUAGUGAUUUCUGUCCUCAUUAUGAAAUCAUCAAUUUUACCCUGUAUAUCUAAAAAUGACUAUUUACACAUAAUGUUUAAAGCAAAAUUACCAGAACUAUUGCUGAUGGUGAACCUGAACAAUCACAAUAAAAUAGAUUGUAGUAAGCCCCGUUCAGCAGGUAUAACCUGGGCACAGACCUCAGUUCAAUGUCUAGUUUUGAUUUACAUUUGGUUUUCAACAUAAAAUGUAAAAAAAAAAACUUUUUUUUUAAAGAAUCACCAUGUCUGUGGAUUACGGUUAAAAGUUGGGUGAAAGAAAGACAAAAUGCCAUUACGUUGAUUACUUUCUUCAAAUCCAAAUCAGUUUUUCACGUUGAUAAGUCAUUACAUAGAUUUUUUGGGGUUGAAAUUCCGGUAAAACACACUUUUCAACAGUGCUAAGAUAACAAUAACUAGCGUUAGCACAAUGACUGGAAGUCUACAUGACUUCCAGUCAAGCUGUUCCUCUAGACUUCCUUUAAUAAUGGAGCUUAUCUAUUCAUUUUCAAUGGCAUCAGGCAUUGUCAUUCCGUUUGAUGUCUCGUCAGGUUUUCUAAGCUCCUCUUCUAUACCAGUGUGAAGGAUGCCGGCUACAGGACUGAAGACGUGGGUAUGGAAUCCUCUACUCUGUCUGGCUCUUAUCUCUCUCUCACCUGCACCAGCUCAGGGUCAAGUUGCCACUCCACGAAGACUUCGUUUCAAAGUCCUGAGCGCAACCCAGCUGCAUGUGUCAUGGAAAGAGCCGAAAGGAGACUUUGAAAGCUACAGAUUUAUUUAUAGCACACAAUCAGAUGCAGAGGAGACUGAACUAGAGGUGACAAAGAAGGAAGCCAAAGUGAUCAUAGACUUUGACCCCAGAAAGUUGUACACAGUCAAGGUCACUGCUCUGAAAGGUGCUCGGGAGAGCAAGCCACUUCUAGGAACAUUUGAGGCCCAACUUUCAGAGCCUGACGUUAAGAACGUACAGCCCCAGAAUGUACGACCCAAGAACCAGAAAGACACCAUUGUCACAGAGGAGAACAAUGAGAUAUCUGAAGAGGUAGAGCUAAACAUCCAGAAGAUAUCGGUCCUCUCAGCUCAGACGGAAUUUGUGUGCCACAGCAGCUGUGUGCAUGGAAUGCUCGAUGGGGAAAAGUGGCACAUAACACCUACAGCUAAUUUACAAUCUGAAAUCAAUCAUUGUAAUCCACCAUAAAGGCUGAUGGAAUGCUGGAUUACUUUUACAGUAUUUUGCUUUUAAACAAUAAACUGCUGCCCGAUUCUA